AGACUGGAGGGGGGGUCUGUUUCCCACUCCCCCAUCUUUGAAGUCCCGGGGAGAAAGGGAGGAGGAGGGAGGAAGGGAAGAAGGACGGCUGGCUCUCCGAGUCUCUCCUGCGCUCCUUCUCCUUCAUUCCCCGCUUCAUUCGACCUCCCUUCCGGAGCCCGAAAUUUCUGGAAACCCUCUGCUUACCUGGACAGAGUUCCUUUGCCUUUUGCUGCCCUUUUCCUAAGGAGUUUCUGCAGUACCUUGAGGCUCACACCUCAGUUUCCCAAGGAAUAGCAGUGUGGGGGAAGGCAUAGAAGUUAAUGUUUUCAUCUACCCGGACAAAGGAGAAUGGGGACCCUACACCCAAAAGAAUGAAGACUAGACAAAAUAAAGACUCCAUGUCAAUGCGGAGUGGUCGGAAGAAGGAGACUCCUGGGCCUCGAGAAGAGCUCAGGACGCGGGGCCGAGCUUCUCCAGGUGGUGUCAGCACUUCCAGCAGUGAUGGCAAAGCUGAGAAAUCUCGGCAAACGACCAAGAAAGGUCGUGUGGAAGAGACAAUGGCCCCUAAAGUAAGCAAACAAAGCCGGCCGGAGGAGAUUUCAGAGAGUGAAGGAGAGGACACCAAUGCCCCAAAGAAAACUAAAACAGAGGAGCUGCCACGGCCUCAGUCUCCCUCAGAUGUCGACAGCCUAGACGGCCACAGCUUCAACGAUGAGACAAGCAGCGACCCGCGUGACAUUGACCAGGACAACCGGAGCACUUCUCCCAGCGUCUACAGCCCUGGCAGUGUGGAGAAUGAUUCUGACUCUUCCUCUGUGCUGUCACAAGGACCUCCCCGAUCUUACCAUCACCCGCCACUGUUUCCCCAGAGCCCCUCCCCGGCCCCCCUGACAGAGGGCCUAGCCCGGCCCCCAGAGUCCAACUUCAGUGUACCCGGGGAGGGCCAUCCUCAGGGGCCCACAAGUGGCUAUCAGUCCCAGCUGGAGGCCCAGGCCUCACGGAUUUUCCAGGCCCAGGCCUCCCAGCCAACUCCCACGCCGUCCACCAACUCUUCCUCCUCCCCCACCUCCUGCGCCGCCCACGUCUCCCUCUACCCUAAUGCAAACGUGGUCCAGAUGGGCCCCAAAGCCGUGAGCGCAGGGGCGGGCAUCCCGGCGCCGCCAGGGGGGCGUGAGCAGCCCCUCGGUGCCAAGCACAACCCUCCCCCCACCACCCCCAUCUCCCUCGCCUCUGCGGCGGGUGGCCUGCCCCCUCAGAAGACGCCCCCAAACAACUCCCCGUCAGUGCUGCCUUCCUCGGCUGCCACCUUCCCCCACGUCUUAGCCAACCUGCCUCCCCCACCGGCCCUGCGCCCUCUCAACAACAUGGCUGCCACCUCCAGCUCACCGGGAAUGGUGGGGCAGGCCUUGAGUGGACACCUCUCGUCACCCCACGGGAUGGGGCAGGAUAAGUCCCCGGUGCCCUCCCGUUACCCGUAUGCCCCCCCGCCCCCGCCCAGCUCCUCGGCUCAGUAUCCCCUCCCUCCCCCCUCCCAGGCACUGCCCAGCUACAGCUCCUCGUACGGCCACUCCUUCCCGCCUCCCAGUAGCCUCUCCGUCUCCAGCCAGCCGCCCAAGUACACCCAGCCCUCCAUGCCCUCCCAGCCCGUGUGGAGCCAGGGCCCACCGCCCUACAGCCGCCCACUGGGCAACUCCGGCUCCCACCCCCCCGCCUCCUUCCCCGGCCAGGCCGCCCACCAGCAGCAGCAGCAGCAGCAGCAACAGCAGCAGCAGCAGCAGCAGCAGCAGCAGCAGCUCCACCACGGCCAUGGCAGCGGCACUGGCCUCUCCCCCUCGGCGGCCGCCACACCCCAGACAUCCGGCGGCUACUCUCACCCGCUGGAGCCGGGGCCGCACCACCCCUCCCACGCGGCCUACGGGCUGCGCCUCUACCCCCCCCACAGCCAUGCCACAUACAGCCAGGCGCCCUCCGCCUCGUCAUCCUCCUCCUCCUCCUCUUCCUCCUCCUCCUCGUCAUCCCAGGGGACCUUCCCAGGGGUCUGCAACCAUCCCCAGGGUCAGAGCGCCGCCACCUAUACCUUUCCUCCCCCUCCUCCCCCCUCGCCUGCUCAUGGGGCCGGGCCCCCAGUCACCUCUGCCUCAGUCACUCUCUCCACUGUCAUAACCACAAUGGCCUCCUCCUCUUCAGCCCCCUACAAGACGGCCUCCCCCCCAGUGGGUCCCCCUGCUGUGGCCCCCUACGGAAAGCGAACCGCCUCGCCAUCCCCAACCUUCCAGCCACCUGCCCCCUACAAGCCGGGCUCUCCGCCCGCCUCCUCGACAUCCUCAUUCCAUGCAGCCACGCCACCGGGGUACCGGCUGACCUCUUCCCCUGCAGCUGGUGGCUACAAGGCCCCCUCCCCAGCCCCCAUUGCCUCCCCGGCCUCUGGCAGCCUGGCCGCCCCUCCCCCACCUUUGCCUCCACUGCCUCUCAGUGCAGCCCAGAUCAAGCAAGAGCCUUCGGAAGAAUACGAGCCCCCGGAGAGCCCGAUGCCUCCAGUCCGCAGUCCUUCGCCGGCUCCCAAAGUGGUGGAUGUCCCAAGUCAUGCCAGCCAGUCAGCCAGGUUCAACAAACAUCUGGAUCGUGGCUUCAACUCCUGUUCACGGACUGAUCUCUACUUUGUGCCCCUGGAUGGCUCCAAACUGGCCAAGAAACGGGCAGAUCUUGUAGAGAAGGUGCGCAGAGAGGCUGAACAGAAGGCUCGGGAAGAGAAGGAGCGCGAAAGGGAGCGAGAACGCGAGAAGGAGCGUGAGAGGGAGAAGGAACGGGAAUUGGAAAGGAGUGUGAAGGUGGCACAAGAGGGCAGACCCGUGGAGUGCCCAUCUCUAGGCCCCGUGCCUCACCGCCCAUCUUUUGAGCAGGGCAGCGCAGUGGCCACUGUCCCGCCGUACCUGGGCCCUGACACGCCAGCUCUUCGCACCCUCAGCGAGUAUGCCCGGCCCCAUGUUAUGUCUCCCAGUAACCGCAACCAUCCCUUCUACGUACCACUGGGAGCCGUAGAUCCCGGACUGCUGGGCUACAACGUGCCGGCCAUCUACAGCAGCGACCCAGCCGCACGGGAGAGAGAGCUCAGAGAACGGGAGGCCCGUGAGCGAGACCUCAGGGACCGUGAUCUGCGUGAGCGCCUUAAGCCUGGCUUUGAAGUCAAGCCCGCAGAACUGGAGCAGCUGCAUGCUGUGCCCAGUGCCGCCAUGGAUCCUUUCCCACGCCACGGCGGGCUUGCUCUCCAGGCAGGCCCAGGCUUGCACCCUGCCUUCCCCUUCCACCCAGGGCUGGGGCACCUGGAACGAGAGCGGCUAGCCUUGGCAGCUGGCCCAGCCUUGCGCCCCGACAUGUCUUACGCCGAGCGACUGGCGGCUGAGCGGCAGCACGCGGAGAGAGUCGCUGCGCUGAGCAAUGACCCCCUGGCUCGGCUGCAGAUGCUCAACGUGACCCCCCAUCAUCACCAGCACUCACACAUCCACUCCCACCUCCACCUCCACCAGCAGGAUGCCAUCCAUGCAGCUUCGGCCUCUGUCCACCCUCUUAUCGAUCCCCUGGCUUCUGGGUCUCAUCUCACCCGGAUACCCUACCCCGCUGGUACUAUCCCUAAUCCACUGCUUCCUCACCCACUCCAUGAAAAUGAGGUGUUGCGCCACCAGCUUUUUGCUGCCCCCUACAGAGACCUCCCUGGCUCUCUCUCUGCCCCGAUGUCUGCAGCCCAUCAGCUCCAAGCCAUGCAUGCACAGUCAGCAGAGCUGCAGCGCCUGGCCCUGGAACAACAGCAGUGGCUGCACGCGCAUCACCCUCUGCAUGGAGUGCCGCUCCCCACACAGGAAGAUUACUACAGUCACCUGAAAAAGGAAAGUGACAAGCCCCUUUAAAUGGAACCCAUUUCCCAUGAUGACCUCAUCACCCCUCUUGCUUCUUCUCCAAGAGGAAAUCGACCAACCAAACCCUGGGCGAGGGGGAAGCUGCACAAUGACACAACUCCUAAUGUUGUUCAAGGGAAGAGUGAAGAAACCAGAACAAUCAUGUGGGGUGGGGGUGGGGGGAGGGGGGAAAGGGGGUGUGAAACACCAAUAAGGAGUUUGGAAGGUGGCGGUAGAAACCGCCAUGCAUAGACCAUCGUGCAUCUCUUCUCUGCCCAUCCUUGGGCAGAUGUGGCUAAUCAGCAGAAACUGAACGCAUGAAGGGCCAGAAUGCAACCUCCUUCCUCCACACCUUGAUACACAGGAUAGUCCAGAGGAACAGUGCAUCAUGGGACUUUUCAAGAAGGCAUCGCCAUAUUCUUGCUCAACCCUUGAGAGACUGGGCCAAAUCAAGAGGUGCUUAGCACCACAGGAUGGUAUCAAAGGGGCAGCUGCCCUCUUAGCCACGCCUUGAGGGAAUGCGGAUGGUUGCAGGACUAGACUGCUGCGGGACUGUUUUCAGGAUGGCCUUUCCCCUCCCAUUUCACUGGCCAGGGGAAGUUAAUCUGACCAAGCGAUGCAGGGCAUAGUGGGACUUUCCACAAUGGCAGCUGCCCCUUUUCCCUUCACCCAUUCCAGUUGGUGUACUUUAACUCAUGCACAUCCCGUUAGACGUGGCAGUUUUGAGUAGCAAUUUGUGAUUCUUUGAUCUCCCCGUGUGUGUGUCUAAUCUCACGGUUGUAUAUCUUGAUCUGUCCUCAUAUAUAUUUACAUAAGAACAUUAAAAGAUACCCAACUAUGGGAGAAGUAUCUCCCUACACACUCAGUUCCCCCUAUCCCAUUCUAAUAAUUUAUAUAUAAAUGCAGCUCUUAAAGAAAAAGCCAGCCAAGCAACGACAAAAAGGCAUUCUGGAAACAUGUUGUUUGCACACCCAAGGAUCUGUUAUCAAAGAAAUCAGGAUUUUGAAGCUGUUUCCCCUGGUCUUUAGCUACAAAGUAUGGAAGUGGAACAGGACACCUGAAAACAGAAUGUUUUGCUCUAGUCUGAUGUCAGAGGUGUGCCGGUAGGUCCGUUCACCACUGCUCUUGCUGCUCUAUGUUUCCUGGCAUGCUUUGGCAAUUGGGUGGAUGAAUCCUAAUCUAGCACCUUGGGCAACACCUGCACCUUGCUCUGUAGGUUCUAGUUCUGUGCUGCUGCUGCUGCCACAGUGCUGAGCAAAGGCUGGAAGAAGAUGGUUUGAGCGUAUACCAGCAGAAGCCCCAGAUGACAGAGACAGAGCAAAAGGCUUCCAGAUUGGCAAAAUGGUUUUUAGGUGGGGAACAUGUUUUCUCUGUUCUCACUUUGUAUUACAUCCCUGAUGAUGGGGAUCGACUAUUAAAACCAUUGGGUUCACUGAG